AAAUUCCAAUUUUGUGUUACCUCUCCGGUUCGCAGAAACAGAGUCUCAGGUUUUCAGUUCAUUUAUCCACAAAAUCUCUAUCUUCCUCCCAAACGAUAGUGAAAAUGGAUGGAAGCCAAAUCCAUUCUUAAAACCUUCGGCGCCGCAACUUUGCUCACCACUAAUCCCAUCAGAGCUCAAAUGGCGAUGCAAUCUUCUUCGCAUAAGGUUCUGUUAUUGAGAACUUGUUCGUCCAUUGGGAAGACCCCCUCUAUUAGCUUGUUGUGUUUUAGGAGAAGCUAUUCCAGUGAUGAGUUUCAUUAUUCAUCAAAGCGAAGAGCUCGUGGACCUGUCAUGGCGGCAAAGAAAGCAUCUGAAGGGGCAAAGCAGGAGGAAGGAAGGUACAAACAUACGGUUGAUCUGCCUAAGACGGCAUUUGGCAUGAGGGCAAACUCUGCUGUAAGGGAGCCCGAGAUUCAGAAAUUAUGGGAUGAAAAUCAGGUUUUCAAGAGAGUUUCUGACAGGAAUAAUGGGGGAAAUUUCGUUCUUCAUGAUGGCCCUCCUUAUGCCAACGGUGAUUUGCACAUGGGUCAUGCUCUGAACAAGAUUUUGAAGGAUAUUAUUAAUCGCUACAAGCUUCUUCAAAACUAUAAGGUUCACUAUGUGCCUGGUUGGGAUUGCCAUGGCCUACCAAUUGAAUUGAAAGUGAUGCAGUCAUUGGAUCACGAUGCUAGAAAGGAUCUCACACCAUUAAAAUUGAGAGCAAAGGCAGCCAAGUUUGCAAAAGCCACCGUUAAGAUACAAAUGGCAUCAUUUAAGCGAUUCGGGAUCUGGGGAGACUGGGAUCAUCCUUAUCUGACUCUCGAUCCAGAAUACGAGGCUGCUCAGAUUGAAGUGUUUGGUGAGAUGGCCCUUCAAGGGUAUAUCUAUAGAGGCAGAAAACCAGUCCAUUGGAGUCCCUCGUCACGAACUGCUCUUGCAGAGGCUGAGUUGGAGUAUCCUGAGGGGCAUGUUUCAAAGAGCAUAUAUGCCAUUUUCAGAUUAGUCAGCAGAUCUUCAACUUCAGGUGACUUAUUGGGAGAAUUUCUUCCCAACUUGUCCCUGGCCAUUUGGACUACUACUCCCUGGACUAUUCCAGCCAAUGCUGCUGUUGUGGUGAAUCCUAAGCUUCAAUAUGCUGUCGUUGAGGUACAUGAACUCUUGGGAGAUGUUUCAACAACGCCUGGAGAUGGAAAGAAGAGGCUCGGCAAUGUUUUGAAGGAGCAGAAGAAGCCUUUCCUUAUCAUAGCAUCAGACCUUUUGUCAACAUUAGAAGAAAAAUGGGGUGCAAAGCUUGUUGUGAAGAAAACACUACUAGGUUCAGAUCUUGAAAACUACAAGUAUAUUCAUCCAAUAGAGAGCAGAGAAUGUCCGGUUGUCCUGGGGGGUGACUAUAUUACGACAGAGUCUGGAACGGGACUAGUCCAUACAGCUCCGGGUCACGGGCAGGAAGAUUAUGUGACUGGCUUGAAAUAUGGUUUGCCCCUACUCUCCCCUGUAGAUGAUGAUGGAAAGUUUACUGAAGAAGCAGGAAGGUUUAGUGGGCUUGAUGUACUUGGGGAUGGUAAUGUUGCUGUAAUUGAGUAUUUGGAUCAAUACACAUCACUUAUCAUGGUAGAACCAUAUAAACACAAGUAUCCAUAUGAUUGGCGAACGAAGAAGCCUACGAUUUUUAGGGCCACUGAGCAAUGGUUCGCAUCUGUAGAAGGAUUUAAGGAGGCUGCAAUGGACGCAAUAAGCAAAGUAAAGUGGGUUCCAUCUCAGGCCGAAAACAGAAUUUCUGCAAUGACUUCUAGCCGCUCUGACUGGUGUAUUUCACGGCAAAGAACAUGGGGUGUCCCUAUUCCAGUCUUUUAUCACGUGGAAUCAAGAGAACCUCUCCUGAAUGAAGAGACUGUUGACCAUAUUAAGUCUAUAAUUUCUCAGAAGGGUAGCGACGCCUGGUGGUACAUGAGCGUGGAGGAUUUACUUCCUGAUGUUUAUCGUCAUAAAGCACCGGAGUACGAAAAGGGAACUGAUACAAUGGAUGUUUGGUUUGAUUCAGGCUCUUCUUGGGCUGCUGUGUUGGCGAAAAGAAGCGGACUUAGUUUUCCUGCAGAUUUAUAUCUUGAAGGUACAGAUCAACAUCGCGGGUGGUUCCAGAGUUCUUUAUUAACAAGUAUUGCUACAAAAGGGAAGGCUCCAUAUUCUGGUGUGAUAACGCAUGGAUUUGUACUCGAUGAGAGAGGUUUAAAGAUGAGCAAAUCUUUGGGGAAUGUUGUAGACCCAGCUACUGUGAUUGGAGGGGGGAAUAAACCAGGGGAAGCACCUUCCUAUGGAGCUGAUGUCCUGAGGCUCUGGGUUUCGAGUGUGGAUUAUACCGGCGAUGUGAUGAUUGGCUCUCAAGUUCUUCGUCAGAUGUCUGACAUAUACAGGAAGCUGCGAGGAACAUUGAGAUUUCUUUUGGCAAAUCUUCACGAUUGGGAGGCUGAUAAUGCUGUUCCUUAUAGCGAUCUUCCCGUGAUUGAUCAGCAUGCUCUAUUUCAACUUGAAAAUGUUGUAAAGAACAUUAACGAAAGCUAUGAAAAUUAUCAGUUCUCCAAAAUAUUCCAGACCAUUCAACGAUUUGUGAUUGUUGAUCUAUCAAAUUUUUACUUUGAUGCUGCCAAAGAUCGACUUUAUGUCGGGGGCUCUACAAGUUUUACAAGGAGAAGUUGUCAAACAGUUCUUGCUGCACAUCUGCUUUCCAUUGCAAGGGUAAUUGCUCCAAUACUACCUCAUUUGGCCGAGGAUGUUUGGCAGCAUCUUCCUUUCCAGUAUACUACUGAAGAUGGUUCUAUUCCCAAAUUUGUUUUUGAAUCAAGAUGGCCAGCAUUAAAUGAAAGAUGGCUUGCUUUCCCUGACGAAGAAAUUAACUUUUGGGAAAAUAUUCUUGAGCUGCGAACCGAGGUGAAUAAAGUCCUGGAGGUUGCUCGUACUGAGAAGUUGAUUGGUUCAAGUUUGGAAGCAAAGGUCUAUCUUCACACCUUGGAUGACAGCCUCGCUGCAAGAUUGAAUGAAAUGAGUGCAGCCAAAAAUGAUGCCGACACUUUGCACCGGAUAUUCAUAACAUCUCAGGUACAGAUCCUUUCAUCUUUGGAGAGUGUACAGACCAGGGACAUUCCAUACCGUGGAGAGUACCUCAUUCAAGGAAAGAAGAAAAUCUGGAUUGGAGUGUCCCGUGCAGAGGGCUCAAAAUGUGAAAGAUGCUGGAAUUACUCUCUUCAAGUUGGUUCCUUUUCGGAGCACCCCACCCUUUGCACCCGCUGUUACAAUGUUGUAGGUGAUCAACCAAUUCCAGCUUUGGUAGCAGUUAGUUGAGACUUGACAAUGUUAAAGAAUACCGGGUUAGAAGCUCCGUAAGCCAAAAGCUGUUUCAUUGAAACAAGGAUCGUUGAACCAAUUUUUGUCGCGUUUGAUUUUAUAGGUUUCAAAUUCUGAUUAUUGGUAGUAAUUCGUCAUUAUAGAUAGAAUAUACCGGAGAGAAUAUCUCAGGAUGGAAGGGAAAGCUGAUCUAUUUGUUGUACGCAUGUACAUUCUUCUUCCAAGUUUUUUUCUUCGGGCAUAUGAUUAUUUAACGAAAGCAACGAAAGAAUGAAGUUACUGUAGAA